UAAAGAAUUUCCAAUUUGCAGAAAUUCCUUUGGCCAUCAAUAAGCACCUAGUUUGGUUGGAUUUCCAUCUCACUUCUAACCCAUCUUCACUGAUCUGAAUUCAUACAGAUAUCUCUCUUGCUGCAUUUGUAAUGGGUCUGGGUUUGUCACUGUUUUUAGAUGUGCAUUUGGACGGAAAGGUUGCUACUUUUUCAUUAAGAAGAAGAUAACGGUACAUCUUCAGCAAGGAUAUUUGAAAAGCUACAGGAUAGGAAUCAAAACCUGAAGAAGAUAUCUAUCCACAGCUUUUUCAGCUAAACAGUUAACAGCUUCAUUAGCUGACCGGGGAACAUACACAACAUUACAAUAAAAUGCGCUAUGAAUCUAAUAACACUUCAUUGUAUUUGAUUAUAGGUUUAUAACUUAGAAUCUCACUCACAAACGUGGCAUUACCCUUAUCCAACCAGAAUAUAGUCGACCGACCCUAUCACUUCCACUUAUUGUACCUGAAAUUUCCAACAUGCUUUGGGUACCUCGGACUACGACCUGCCACGUUGUUGGGAAAAUCACAUUGCAUUAAAGGCACCCAUUUAGUACCAGAUAAGGGCUUGUGGGUCUUCAUGCCCACUAGUGAGGAGUCAAUAUCAGAAUCAAUUUAAAGAAGAUGGGAAUAGGAAGAAGGAAGCUUUAACUUUUUCACUCAGCUUAGAGUUUUCCAGCCACAAGAUUAAUUACCAGGUUUGAACAUUGAUAAUAUUAUUGGUUUAGUCUCUUUAAGCAAUUCCUAGUUACUCAUUUUUGAACCCCAAACUCGGUGCUUAAACCAUCAGAACAAAAUUAUCAUUAUUUAGUUUCUUUUUGGAAUAACUUUUAUCUAUUUCAUAAAAGUUUCCUGUGACACUACGUUUCAAGCUUUGGGUAAAGAUGUUUUUUUAAAGGCCUGCAGCUCUUCCAAAAAACUAUUCAAACACACUUAGAAGCUGCAUCUAAACCUUAAAAGCCAAAAACAGCGUUUCAGAAGUCAUCGAAAAGAGGGCCUUACAUGGGUUUUGUUUGGUUCAGUUUUAGCAUUGUGCUAAAAGGUUCUGUAGAAGGAAAAAAAGAAGAAAAAAAAAAAAGAAAAAAGAAAAAAGAAAAAAGAAAAAAGGUGGCAUGGUGAGGACCAACCCAGGGAACCUCCGAUCCCACCUGGAACAGCGUUUAACCACAAGAUCAUAGACCAACAUCUCUCAACCACCAAAUCCCUCUUGACACUUGUUUUUUUUUUUUUUUUUUUUUGGUUGGGUUCUUCCUCCACUCUCCUUGCUUGCUUACACAUUCACUCCUCUCUCUUUUCCUAUUUCACUCAAUCCCAUUUACUGACAACCCAAAAACAAAAAAAAAAAAAAAAGGGAAAAAGAAAAAACUUCUUAAGAGACAAUGGAAAGAACGUUUUAAACAAGCUAUGUUGAAGGUUGAUUCUGGUAUGUUGAAGGUUGAUUCUGGUGGAGAAGGCUAUCAUGGCAACUGGGCAAGAAUUUGUGACACUUGUCAAGCUGCAGCAAGCACCCUCUACUGUCAUACUGAUUCAGCUUUCCUCUGUUCUGCUUGUGAUGAACGUAUUCAUGCUUCCAAUUCUUUGGCUUUUCCACAUGAACGAGUAUGGAUAUGUACUGCUUGUGAAAAUGCUCCAGCGGCUGUCACUUGCAAGGCUGAUGCUGCUUCUCUAUGUCACAGUUGUGAUGUUGAGAUACACUCUGCUAAUCCACUUGCUCACCGCCAUAACCGGGUUCCCAUAACUUCUCUUCCUAUUGUGGAGUUUCCAACCUUGACUACUUGCUUGGAUGGGCUGCAGGACCCAAUGUUAGAAAUGGGAAAUGAAAUUCUGGGUCGAGAAACUAAUGAGGAGAUUGAUGAAGGUGAAGCAGAUUCUUGGUUGUUGCUUGAUCCUGAUGAGAAUGAAAACCUGACCAGUAGUGGAUUCAAGCCUGGUGAAGCAGUUGAUGAUCAGUAUCUGGGUAUUGUGGAAUACAAUUCAACGUGUACUAAUCAUGAUCGUCAACAAGGUGAUUACAAUCAGCAGCAAACUUACAGUGUUUAUGAGGGUGAUAAUGUUAGCGAUAGUAUCGUACCGGUUCAAUCAGCUGAAGAGCAAUCACAAGUACUCCAGCACAACAUCCAAAUUAAUGGGGAGUAUGAAGCCUCAAAAGCUGUUAUCAGUAGCACCCCUUCAAGCACUCAGUGUGCCACCUUGUCCAUUUUAAAUGCAAGCAUUUUACCGAAACCAACAAUAAACAACAUCUCGAAUUCAUAUACGAAGUUUCCAAAAGUGACAGCUGAGAUCAGCCAGAACUCUUCACUUCUGAUGCCUCUCCAAAUUACUUCAACAAACAGGGAAGCAAAAGUUCUAAAAUACAGAGAAAAGAGGAAAGCAAGAAAGUUUGAGAAAAAAAUACGAUAUGCGUCAAGGAAGGCGUAUGCAGAGACCCGACCCCGAGUUAAGGGUAGGUUUGCUAGAAGAACAGACAUAGAGCUUGAAGAAGAUCAGAUGUUCUUGAUCGAAGAAUAUAGCUAUGGAAUUGUCCCAUCAUAUUGAAACCCAAUAGGAUAACUAAAACUCUUAGUUUUGCAGAAAAAUAAGUUUUUAGUUGCAAGGCUAACGCUACUCUUAGUUGUAGCUUCGUCAUAUUUCCAAGUUGUUUGAACAAUGAGUAGAUUUUUUUUUUUUCCUUUCUUUCUUUGUAUUUUGUAAUUGCAUUAAUAAAUCGAAAAUUCUAAUCAAAUUAUUCUCAA